AUGUCGCUCCAGAGCCACAUGGACUUCUGCCGGGUGCGGGCUUUCACGACUGACAGCGGAGUGGCCAUCCACGACGCGCAUGCUGCCCUCACGCAUGUGGCAAACACUGGGCUUGGAGAGUGGCCCCUGGGUGCGCCGACCUCGCCGAACCAGGCAUGUGCAAUCGCGAUAAACUGGUGCUACCUGGUCAUGGGGCUGACCAUCCCCAACUUCUUCCUCUACACCAUGGAAGUGCGCGAGCGGUCACGAUAUCUGGUGGAACGUGGCUUGGCUUCACCAAGGCUGAAGCUGAGCGGGGCUCUGGAGGAUAACUUUCUGCUCCUGCCCUCCAUAGCAGGCACCAUGUGGCUGCUGGCAAAUGCGCUCGCCGCCGUGCCGCCAAACCGGCUGAGCGCCCUCUCUGCACGCUGGAACGCCUAUCUCAUGCACACCAGGGUCCCGGAGACCACAUGGUGA